AUGGAUUAUCAAUUAUUUAAAAAAGUAUUUAAUAAUAAAUAUUUAAGAAAUAAAAUAUUUGAAUCAGUUUCAAUAAUAAAUAAAGAGAAUAAAUUUAUAGUAAAGAAAUUUAAUCAAUGUGGAGUUAAAUGGAUAGUAAUGAAUAAUCAUUUUCAAUUAUUAAUUUAUAUAUUUAAAAUCCAAGCAAAUAAAAGAAAACAAUUAACAUAUCCAUUAUUACAAAGAUUUCUAGAAUUUAAUCAAUCAAUUGAAAUUUUAAAAAUUUUAAUUUGUCAAGUACCAUCAUUUUUUGAAAAUUUAACACCAAUUCAACAAUUUAAUAAUUCACAAUCAUUAUUUAGUUCAAUGAAAUCAAAAAAUGAAUUAAUUAUUAAAUAUUUAAUUGAAGAAAAAAGUUUUGAAAUUACAAAAAUUUCAAUUGAUUUUGUGUGUUGUCAAGAAAAUUAUCAAUUUUUUAAAUAUUUAUUAUUAAUUGAUGAAAAAUUAAAUAAAAAUAAUAAUAAUAAUAAUAAUAAAAAUAAUAAUUUAAUAAAUAAUUCAAAUUUUCAACAAAUUAAUCUUGUAAUUAAAUUUAAUGAUUUUGAAUUUUUUAAAGAAUUAAUAGAAAAAUCAAAUAAUGUUGAAAUUUUAAAAAAUUAUUUAAAAAAUGAAGAUACAAUUGUAUCAAUUAUAAAAACGUGUGGUAAUAAUUUAAAUUUGGAAUUUAUAAAAUUCAUUUUUCAAAUGUUUAAUAAUGAACAAUUAAAAUUAACAACGACAGUUAUUAUUGAAACUAUUAAAUUUGGUUCAUUUGAUUUGUUGAAAUUAUUAUUAGAAAAUCAAGAUUAUUUUAGUAAUAAAUUCAGUUCAAUUAAAACUUCACCAUUUAUAAAUAAAUAUUGUUUUUUAUAUUUAUUAGUAUACAGAUGUGAUAAAGAAAUUUUAGAUUAUUAUUGCAAAAAAUUGAAUUUAUUUAAUAAUACCACCGCCACCGAUGAUGAAGAUGACGAUUUAUCGUUAAAAGAGACAAUUGGGGAUAUAGAAGUUUAUGAAAAACUAUCAAAUUUUAAAAAUGGUAAAACUUGUAUUAUUUCAUUCAUUGGUGAUAUUUCAUCAAACAUUUGUUAUGACCAUAAUCAAUCGUCAUUGGAAAUGAUGAAAUAUUUAAGUGGAAACCAAUACUUUAAUUCAAUAUUUACAAUAACCACAACCGUUAUGGAUAAUGCGUUGUUUUCAGGUAGGUUCGAUAUUUUCAAUUGGUUAGUUAAGAAUGGUAAUCAAGGUUGUUCAGAUAAAGGUUUCCAUUUUUGUUGUAGAAAUAUGCCACAAUAUCGAUUUCAAUUGGCUACUAUUUUAGAGAAAUUCAGAUCAAAUUUUAGUGAUGAUGUAAUUUUAAAUUCAAUUUCUUCAAAUGAUUAUUUUAGAUUAGAUAAAAAGAAUCAUAAUUAUUUAUCUUCAUUUUUACCACAACAUUUAAAACCUGAUUUUCCAAUGGAAUAUACACCAAUUAAAACUAAAUAUUUAUAA